AUGGCGUCGUACAUGGCAUUCUCUCUCGGUAUGUCUGGUCAACUGCCUCGAGAGAAGAAUGUUCCUGGUAUUUAUGUGACCCAGAAUUAUGGGAUGUCCACCUUAAAGUCAAAAGACUAUUGGGUAGGAAGUCGCCAAAUACAUUCAACAUCUUUACCUCAGUACAUUCCACAUCUUUACCUCAGUAUAUUCCACAUGUUUACCUCAGUACAUUCAACAUCUUUACCUCAGUACAUUCCACAUCUUUACCUCAGUACAUUCCACAUCUUUACCUCAGUAUAUUCCACAUCUUUACCUCAGUACAUUCCACAUCUUUACCUCAGUAUAUUCCACAUCUUUACCUCAGUACAUUCCACAUCUUUACCUCAGUAUAUUCCACAUCUUUACCUCAGUACAUUCCACAUCUUUACCAAUCAACUCAUGCCUAGGUUGUCUACACAUGUUUUCCUGAGGAAGUACCUCACCAAGCUGCUGAUCCACAUAGGUCCUUUAUCAAGCCCCCAGCCCCAGGCCGAUCCACAUAGGUCCUUUAUCAAGCCCCCACCCCCCAUUCCCAGGCCGAUCCACAUAGGUCCUUUAUCAAGCCCCCACCCCCAACCCCAGGCCGAUCCACAUAGGUCCUUUAUCAAGCCCCCACCCCCCAUUCCCAGGCCGAUCCACAUAGGUCCUUUAUCAAGCCCCCAGCCCCAGGCCGAUCCACAUAGGUCCUUUAUCAAGCCCCCACCCCCCAUUCCCAGGCCGAUCCACAUAGGUCCUUUAUCAAGCCCCCACCCCAACCCCAGGCCGAUCCACAUAGGUCCUUUAUCAAGCCCCCACCCCCAACCCCAGGCCGAUCCACAUAGGUCCUUUAUCAAGCCCACCCCCACCCACAGGCUGAUCCACAUAGGUCUUUUAACAAGCACACCCCCCUCCCCAUUCUCAGGCCGAUCCACAUAG